AAAACACUAGCACUCUCCAUUCUCCAUUCUCACUUUCCACACACAAGAAUUGUAACUGCAAAAUCACGAUCAUGAACAACGGAGACGAAGAUAACAAGGGCUUAAUCUGGAAGCUUCCAGAACUCAAAUCCAACGAUUUCGGUAAGAUUGGUCCCGCCUUCGGCCUCGGCGCCGGCUGCGGCCUCGGUUUCGGCCUUGGCCUUCUCGGAGGUGUGGGUUUCGGCCCUGGAAUUCCAGGAUUCCAAGUAGGUUUUGGAUUCGGUGCUGGAUGUGGGGUUGGUAUAGGAUUAUCCUUUCCGUGGUUCUGGAAAUAUUAUUUCUGAGGAUGAGAUUACUGCCCUUGUGGAUGACCUUGUGAUUAAUACUAAGAAGCUUAUCAGGGCAACAACCAAAGAAAUUGACAAGUGGAGAAGAUGAUGGAAGAGUCUUACGAAUUCUUUUAUGUAUAUUUGUAUAAACCAAGAUCUGUCUUAUUCACUAAAAUCAUGGCAAACUCAAUCAGCAUGUUAUAGACUUGUUGCCGUACACGACAUGCUGAAAUUUCGUAUUAAUAUCCAUUUAGAUUAUUAUUUAAACUUGGUUAAAAAUUGAGUUCCACCAUUGUCUGAA